AUGGAAUUCUAUGGAAAUAAUGAAGUCGACGACAAUUCUUAUGAUUCAUAUGCCAGUGAUGAUACCAGCGAGAGUGACUUCGAUCUCGAUUAUGAUGAACUAGCCGAUAGCUUCGAUGAGCUUGAACUUUCUGAUGAAGAUUUGGAUGCAUACGCUGAGCAGCUGAAUUCAAUGAAUGAAAGUAAUAUCGCAGAUGGAGGCUUUACCUCAAUCUCUCUCAAAGAGCGAACUCCCGUUUCAGUCUUUAGAACCUUUUUUACUGAAGAAAUUCUAAAUCUGAUUACUGAUCAAACAAACAUUUAUGGAAAAGGAAAGAAACGAAGUAACAAUCAGAAGAAAACCAGUAACUGGAAGGAUGUGAGUAAAAAGGAUAUUGAAUCGUUUCUCGGGUUGGUUAUUCUAAUGGGUAUCAAUAACUUGCCAAAUAUGAAACUUUAUUGGAGUAAAGAUAUGGUAUUUCAUAAUACAUUUAUUUCUUCGAUCAUGUCAAGAGAUCGCUUUCUUCAAAUUUUUUAUAAUUUACAUUUGGCUGAUAACUCAUUGAAACCAAAACGCGAAUCUACAGACGACACUAAAAUUUACAAAGUUAAGAAUUUUACUGAAAUUUUACGGAGAAAUUUUCAAAAAAAUUAUAACUAUGGCCGCUAUGGUAGAAUCGACGAAAGUAUGAUAAAAUUCAAGAGAAGAUCAAGCAUCAGGCAAUAUUUGCCUCUAAAACCAAUAAAAAGAGGUUAUAAAGUUUGGUGUUUAUGUGAUCCAAUCACUGGUUAUUUAUUCAACUAUCAAAUCUAUUUAGGAAAAGAGGAAACCAGUGGAAAAGAAACACUUUUAGGCGAACGUGUUGUUUUUGAUCUUAUCUCUGGUCAUAAUUUUCAAGGGAAACAUCUACAUUUCGAUAACUUUUUCACCUCUCUCAACUUAUUAGAAAAGCUAAAGCUACAGAACAUAACAGCCUGUGGAACUAUUAGACCAGAUCGAACAAGUAUUCAGUCGGAUUUUUCCAAGAAAAAUAAAAUGGAACGAGGAGAUUACAGGUCAAUGAUUACAUCGAACAGCAUUGUCUUCGUAUGGAUGGACACCAAACAGGUUUUUCUGGCUUCAAAUUAUCAUAAAGACAACGAAGUUGUUCAGAUUUCCCGUCGUUUGGAAAAUGGUCAACGUAUUACAAUUGACUGUCAGAAAGCAGUAAAAGAUUACAAUCAGUUUUCACAUGGAGUUGACCGACUUAGCCAAAGAAUAUCAUGCUACAAUUUCGAUCGCAAGUCUAAAAGGAACUGGCUGCGAAUGUUUAUUUAUUUUCUAAAUACAUCUAUAUUCAACUCAUUCAUUUGUUAUUAUCAGUUAGCUCAAGAUAAGUUAACAUACUUAAACUAUAUGGUUUCACUGGCGAAGUCUCCCUGCUCCAGCAGUGAACGAAUAAGUCGUGGAAGACCUCCUUCUGAAAAGAAGUCUAAACUAGCAUCACCAAAAACUGUCCUUAGUUUUGACAAUGAAAUGCAUUUACCUGUGACAGCAAAAAGAAGAAGAUGUGCUUAUUGUUGCACUAAUGAAGCAAUGGAUUUUCGAUCUAACAUCGAGUGUUUUACUUGCAAAUUGCCAUUUUGUUUAAAAGAUAACAAAAAUUGUUUUUUUGAUUAUCAUAAGAUUUUUAUGUAGUCAUUUUGAGUAAAAAUAAAAUAAAAAGGCUAAAAAAUGUUUUUGCGAUUAAAAAAAAUCCGUCCUCGAAGGGUGUGGGUGUGG